GCGCUGAGGAGCCGGAGCGGAGGCAGUACGGGUCGGUCCGGCUGGAGUCCGGGCGAGGGUCGGGGUCAUGGGAGGUGGUAGAGCAAGCUUGUCCCCCAGAUUCUGAGGGGCAGGGACGGUUUCUUGGGGGAGGAGUUAGUCUAAGCCUUACACACCUCUCAGUCUGCUGCCCUCCCUCCCCAAAUCUUUGCGUCCUUUCUCUCCCUAAACCCCUGCAGGAACGCCUCUUCCUACCCCCCCUUCUAAAGUCCACUUUUCCUCUUUCCUCUGUACCCCUGCGUCCUUCUCUUCCUUUUCAAAACCACGAACCUUCUCCCCUUUUUUUUUACCUUAAACAAACCUUUGCGCUUUCCCCUUCGCCCCGAAGAGCACCUCAGCUUUUUCCUCUUGCCUUCUGUGUCCUGCCAAACUCUUCCAAGGCUUAUACUUGCUCUCUCCUCUCUCAAAUUUCAUUCAUCUUCAUCUCCCUGCCCCAUCAUUAUUUCCCAACAUAGGUCAUGGGCAUUAUUUUAGGAAUUGCUUUUCCCCUCUACAUGGAAAAUUAAGAACCAUUUCUUCUUUAGGGCAUAGUUCCAGUUUAAGGUGAAACCAUGAAGAGAAAGUAGAACAAAAAAUAAUGCUUUUCCGAAAUCGUUUUUUGUUGCUGCUGGUCUUGGCUGCUUUACUAGCCUUUUUGAGCAUCAGUCUACAAUUCUUCCACCUAACGCCAGUAACACCAGUCAAAAAUGGAAUGAAUGGUAAAAAUCGCAAGAGAAUAAUGCCUGAUCCAUUGACUGAACCUCCUGUGGUGGAUCCUAUUCAUGAAGCUCGUAUUUACUGCAAUAUCCCAAGCAUUACUGAACAUAGUGCAGAAGGUCACGCACCUUAUUAUUUCAAGCUAGUAUCGGUUCAUGUGUUAAUUCGUCAUGGAGAUAGAUACCCACUUUAUGCCAUUCCUAAAACAAAGAGACCAGAAAUUGACUGUACCUUGGUUGCCCACAGGAAACCAAACCAUCCUAAACUUGAAGCUUUCAUCAAUCACAUGUCAAAAGCAUCUGAAGUCUUAAUGGAAGGCACUCUCAGUACCCUGCCUCUUUAUCCUAGUCAUUCACUGUGUGAAAUGGGAGAACUCACACAGACAGGUGUUGUUCAGCAUUUGAAGAAUGGACAGCUAUUACGAGACAUUUAUUUAAAGAAACACAAACUCCUUCCAAAAGAUUGGACUACAAAGCAUCUUUACUUAGAAACAACUGGAAAAAGUCGAACUCUGCAGAGUGGACUGGCCUUGCUCUAUAGUCUUCUCCCAGAUUUUGAUUGGAAGAAAAUUAACUUUAGGCACCAGUGGAGCACUAUCUUCUGCUCUGGAAGUUGUGAUUGCCCAAUGAGAAAUCAGUAUCUAGAAAAGGAACAACGUCGUCAGUACCUCUUGCGUGUUAAAAACAGUCAGUUAGAGAACACUUAUGUGGAAAUGGCAAAAAUAGUGGGGAUUCCCACGAGGCAGCUAAGAGCUGCUAACCCCAUAGAUUCUCUGUUAUGCCACUUUUGCCACAAUGUCAGUUUCCCCUGUACCAAAAAUGGCUGUAUUGACUUAGAGCAUUUUAAAGUUAUCAAGACACAUCAGAUAGAGGAUGAGAGAGAGAGACGUGAAAGGAAACUUUAUUUCAAGUAUGCACUACUGGCCUCUCAUCCUGUACUUAACCAGACAGUCAACCGGAUGCUGCGUAUUGCAGAAGGCAAGAAGGAAGAGAUUUUUGUUCUUUAUUCUGCUCAUGAUGUCACUUUGUCACCAGUUCUUAGUGCCUUGGGUAUUACUGAAGCCAGGUUUCCAAGAUUUGCGGCCAGAUUGGUCUUUGAACUGUGGCAAGAUGGAGAAAGACCUACUGAUCAUUUUAUCCGUAUUCUUUAUAAUGGAGUUGAUGUCACAUUCCACACCUCUUUUUGCCAGGAACACCACAAGCAUUCCAGCAAGCCAAUGUGCCCUCUUGAAGAUUUUGUUCACUUUGUCAAAAGGGACAUGUUUUCAGUCUUAAAUAGUAGUAGUUAUUAUGAUGCAUGUCACAGAAAAACAUUUUAAAAGAAAAUCAUUCUGUAUUUUAUGAAAUUUGUGCUGGUAUAGAAGAUGACCAGUUUGGGUUCUUUCUGAUUCAAAAGGUAUGACAGUAUUGCUUUAAAAAUACUUAGAAAUCUCAGUUUGGGACCAUAUAGGUAGAUUGACUUGAAUAGCAAAUAAUUUGCCAUGAUUUGGUUCAAAAUCUAGUUCAUUAAUUUGGUACAUUUGUACUUCGUUGAGAAACAGAUACUGUGCUGUAAGUUGAUGUUGCUUGGAAUAAGUGAUUUUCCUUGUUAUGCCAGAGUAGAUAAGUCUAGGUUGCCAAUUCAGAAUUUUAUUCUCUUGACUGCCAUGGUACUAUAAUAUGUAACCAACAAACCUCAUCCAUAAUAUUUCUUAAUCUUGUGCGGAUACAAGCACUCCUUAAAUGGAAGUAUUCCUAAAUUGGAUAUCCAACAGCUCUCCACUGUGAUUGUACUUGCAGAAGUAACUUGAAUACCAAGAACUUUAUGUUGGUUCUUCCAGUUCUUUUACUAGCAAGAUACAUCUUGGCAUAACUAUCUGAUUACAACACAAUAUGAGGAAAAUGAUUGUUAAAUCAGGAUGAACCUAAUAGUGAAAUUAUUAAGGUACUUUAUGUUCAGGAUGAUAAAAAAUACUGUGGUAUAAGAUCAUUGUGUUUUAAAUAUUUGUCUGCUGUAGCUGGAUAUGCUGAAACUUUGAUAUGCAAUUUAGUAUUUUUAUAGUCUAGAAAAAUAUUUUCUGAGACUUCUGUUAGAAAUGAUGUAGUACUAAUCUCAAUUUUCUGUAUUUUCUUGAUAGUGAGAGAUUUAUGAAAAGCCAAUUUCGGAUAUCUUCAAUGAACAUGUUACCAAAAAAUAGCAUUAAUGGGUAAUUGUCUUUGAGCAACUGUGGAACUGAAUACAUUUUUAAACCACUUUUGUCAGUUAGAAAUAGUAAAGUCUGAUUUGAUUUUUAAGAGAUAUUUAGGGUAAAACUUCAUUACCAGAAUAUUAAAUCAAUCUUUAUAGUGAUAGAUUUUUUUAUACUUUUAGAAAAGAUUCUAAUUUAAUCUCUGAUAUUUUAAUUAAUGGUGCUAGUUAAAUCAGAGGAAAUGUAAUCUAUGAGUGAGAUUCUCUAAUAUUAUUGGCAUUCCAGACUCUUCUUUUUAUUUUUUGCUCAGUGCUGCAUUUGAAUACACUUGUUUCUGUCAAUAAAAUUUUGAGAAAUAUUUGUA